UUUGUCCGAUUACGAUUUUUUUGCCAUAUGGUGAAACAAUAAAUAAAUACCCAUUUCUACACGCAGUAAAAACUCGUGUGUUAUAAUAUCAUCGUAGCAGAAUUUCAAAAACAGUUUACUUCGCUGGUCGUGAAAGCUUCAAAAAAGCUUGUUUUUACUAGGUCCGCAUCAGAGUCAAACUAUGACCGAGAGAGAUUGGAAGUGAAAAGAAGCGAUGAUGGAGCAUCUAUGAGUGUUCUAUAAAGGGUGCUGUAUGCAUAGGGGAUAGUAGUAAUAUACAAGGUACUGAAGGUUUGUUGUUGGGACGCCUACCUAAGUUUAGUUGUUAAUGUAUAAUGAAACAGAGUUAUUAUAAACAGAAGUCAGGAACUGAGCUUCGAAGACAAAGAAAAAGUGUUGCUCCUAAUGAUUUUGAGGAAACUGAAUUCAUUUUCCAUCAAAGUGAUGAUAGUGACAAUGAUUUCCCUUUACACUCUAAGAAAGAGGAGCAUUAUGUUGAAAAAGAACUUCAACAAGGAGACACGUUACAAUCACUGUCCCUGGAUUUUAAUUGCUCAAUUGCUGAGCUGAAAAGAAUCAAUAAAAUUCAUAAGGAAAAUGAAAUAUAUGCAUUGAGAAUAGUGAAGAUUCCAAUUAAACCUGGUUCUUUCAUAAUAGAGAAACUCCAGGCAGAAAAUAUCAGACAUAAUGUAAAAGAUGACUCACUGACACUGACAGCAGAGAUCCAUAGCACACAUGCUGAAGCUGAUCUCUCCCACAGGUUAACGGCCAACAGUAUUCCUCCAUCUUUACCGCCAGAUGAAGAAAAGUUAAAAAUAUUUGACAGCAAGAAGCUGGUUAGCAAUGCUCUGAGCCAUUUAAAUAACCAGUCUACAAACUGUAUACUGAAAGGUGAUAUACAACUAAGUGAUGACAGAAGGGAUUUAAAUGAAUUAACUGAAAUACCAGUAUCAGUGCAAGAUACAAGCUCAUUGUGGCGAUGCAAUGGAGAUGAUUGUGGAUUAUCAUGGAAACCACUACUACUUUUUAUUUUGUCACUUGGCUUGGCAGGGCCUCUCCUAUAUAUUAUUUACAUUGCAGAGAAAAGAAAUCCAACAUAAAAAUUCACAGUAUUUCAGAUCAACCAGUGGCAUCAUUAUUUAAUUGCUGUUAAAUCUGUUUGAGAGGAUGCUGUAAAACAAGUGGAAGCCAGUUAUGUAAAAUUACUAAGACAGAAUUUUGUGUUUCUUAAUGUCUCACUUCCAACUUAUUUCAUCACCACAAUCUAAACAUCGAAAGGAAAUUUUCUACUGUAAUCAUGAAAUAUUACUUUUAUGUUAAAGCUUAAGUUAUAAAUACUGCAAUAAACUGUUAAACCCCAGAGCUCACAUCAUUUGCCAAUAGAUUAUAAAAGAUUUCCUUCUCCUUCAGGACAACAGUUGUUAGCAUAUUGAUUUUCAAUAUAUAUAGGAUGUAGCAUUUAAAUUUGAAUUUCUCGCCAUAUCGUAGUUCCACUGGAGGUUGCGAUUGGUGUUCUUCAAAGCAGUAGGCAUCUUGUAAACAGUCAGAACCUCAAAAGGCCAACAUGUUAUGCGCAAGUGCAGAGUACAAAUGAAGAGCCACGAUUAUUGAAAGUCUUCAUGCUGAGUGUUCACCCACUGAAAUAAUUUGAUUCUUUAGGUACUAUAAAGGCUCCUUUGAAAAAACAAGAAAAUUUUUUUUGUUUACCACUACUACUUAAAUUAGGCUAAUUACUGUUUAGCUCUACAGGACCUUUAUACUGAAAUGUUUCCCACACCAUCUCGUAUUGUCUUUCUAUGUGUGUGAGUAACUGUAUGUUCACUUUUGUGGGUAAAUACAUACAGCUUACACAGGGCGAUGUGUGAAACUGAUAGCGAUUACACGCUUCCGCUGUUGUAGAAAUCUGCUGCAGAUACCGUGUUGAGCUGAAAGUGGUAACCAAAAUACGGAGAAAUAUUCUUCGGGGCUCUGUUGCAUAGCAAUCAGAUUGCUUUCAGUUCUGAGAAAUGUCCAGGCACUAUUGUGGAUUUUGAAUGAUCCAUGAAGUGACUUCUUUUCCGAAGAAAACAUCGAACUAUUUCACUAGAACUGAACGCUCCAAUCGGAACUGUUCUCAAGCUGGUAUUUAUUAUUAAAUCACAAUAGAAGUAUACGCUGGGUGUGUAAUAACACGUACCUUCUUGAAAUGAACAAUAUUUUAUUGUUCUAUUAACUGAUUUCCUUCCAUACACACAUAUAUUUUACAAUGUGAAUCAAAAACUGGCAAUGGUGUCGAUUUUUACAUCACCUAGUGAAAUUUACUCUUAAGAAGAACAAAAGCUCUAUCUUCUAAGAAUAAUUAGGUGAGCGCUGACCGCCGCCACAGAGUAAUAAACAAUCUCUCUCUCUCUCUCUCUCUCUCGCACUGUCACAGCAAGUUACGCUGCAUGAUACAUCAUAGUACCUGAGAUAAACUUUUUAUGAUAUUGUGGCCAAGUAUAAUGCCCUGGAGAAAUCUGGAGAAGGGUCCGCAAAUCUGGUGAGGAAACCUCAUUUGAGCAAACGCGUGUCACGAACUGCGGUAGUCAUUGAAAAGGCUUGGGCACUGAUUUUGGAGGACCUGGGGCAAUCGCUGAGGAAAUUGGCAUCGGUAUUGAAUGUCAGUGAGUGAACAAUGCAUAAGAUGGUAGAAGAGGAACUCAUGUGAGCCAUUUAGUCUAAAAGUGGCUCAGAGAUAACGUCGACAUGUUCUGGUCAGAGGAGUUCUGGCUCCCGAAUAGCCUGGAUUUGAGCCCCCUCGACUAUUAUGUUUGGUGUAUAGUCGAAAGAGUUACCAAUAAGAUGAGGCACCCCAAUGUCGCAUCACUACGCACCACUGUCAUUGCAGCAUUCGCAAAUACGGACAGCGCUGUUUCAAAGAGUGCAUACGAGUGCUUCAUGACGAGAUUGGACGUGGUCAUUGUGGCUGAAGGGGGUUACACCCAGUAAUGUUACUCUUGAAAGAUAUCACUACUUAUAUGUAGAAGGCUUCUCAUUUU